AUGGUGAUUGACAAAGUGCGAAAAAGUGUAGGAAAAUGCUCUUGCUGCAAUCAGCUGUUAGCGCGUUGCGAUGCGUCGGUCGUGACACGUGAAGAAACGAGUGUUUCAUGUGAGAAAUUUCGCUGGGUCUUUUCGUAUAUUCUGAAUAGACACGCCUGCGAGAAACGUUUUUUUCGAGACGUCGCACAGAGAGAAACCGGCAACAAAAGACGGAGAAAGAUGGAGGCGAACCCUUCCACGAGUGUGAACGCGUCUCAAGCGAGCACCGAGCGAAAUCCGCCGCGCAGCGAGAGAAAGAGCACACGAGGCUCCCGACAGAAGGCCGUGGACAGCCUGUCGAAGAAAUUCCUGCGGAACUUCGAUCCCGAACACAGCGAGAGGGAGAAGCGCAAGCUGUAUCGUCGAUUGUAUCAAGGUCAUAGAAAGCACCUGUACGAUGAAAAAGGUAUUUACAUGCAGACGGCAGACGAUCUCUGCGACUGCUUGAACUUGGACUGCGUCGGCUGUCAUUAUCCGUGCACCAAGUGCUCCUCCCCUAAGUGCGGUCAUGAAUGCAGGAACAAUCGCAAAUGGACCUACGAUACCAUCCACUGCGAAGGCACCGAUCCUGUGAUAAAGAAUCCACUGAUGAAGGAAUCUUAAGCAAAGACUGAGUUUUACUAUGAUGUUUACCGUUUGCGAUUUAAUUGUGAUCCGCAAGUUUUUGUACAUAGAGCGAGUUCUUAAGCGAUAUUGGACUCACUGUUAAUCUUCUUAUAAGGUCUGCUUUUAUAUACGUAAGAGACAAAAGUAAAUGUGAUUCUAUAAUAUAAUUGAAAGAAAGAAUAAUAUUUUUACUUAUCUUUAA